AUGCAGUAUACCAUUCUAUCCAGUAGGUGGUGGUAGUGAGCUAACAACUAGUUUCUAACUGCAUCCAGACUGUAAAGAAGAAGACCGUGUUGUCAACCUUCUGCUCAGAAUGAGAGCAAAUGUUAAUGUUACACUAACCCGAGUUAAACAGAGGUAGCCAAUAACCUAAAUGGGUUAAACGGUGAAGCUGACGGUUCUCGGGAUCAAUGUUCAGUUGGAUUUGGAGAUCGUGUGCCAAGAAUGUGGCGACUUUAGCUAGACGGAGACACAAAACCGCGCUGCUAAACAGGAUGUCCACAUCACCUCCUCCUCUGGCUGCCAUAUGUCAGAUGACAGCGACCCCCAACAAAGAGGCCAACUUCUCCACCUGCAGAAAGCUGGUGGAGGAAGCCAGAGAGAAGGGAGCCUCCAUGGUCUUCCUGCCUGAGGGAUUCGACUACAUCGGAUCCAGUCGAGAGGAGACUUUAUCGCUCUCUGAAAGUUUGGCCGGAGACACGAUAGCUCGAUACAUCAAAGUGGCAAGGCAGUUGGAUGUGUGGCUGUCUCUCGGAGGAUUUCAUGAACAAGGGCCUGACUGGGAACAAGAAAGACACAUUUACAACAGUCACAUCAUCAUCGACAACAAAGGAGACAUCCUUUCAGUGUACAGGAAGUCACAUUUGUUUGACGUGAAGCUACCAGAAAAAGGAAUUUCUCUGAUGGAGAGUGACUUCACCCUCCCCGGACCUUCACUUGUGGCCCCAGUGGAGACUCCUAUUGGCAAGGUGGGUUUAGGUAUCUGCUAUGAUCUGCGGUUUCCUGAAUUAUCACUGGCUCUGCAAAGAAGCGGCGCCGACAUCCUGACUUACCCAUCAGCCUUCACUGUGGCAACAGGAGCUGCUCAUUGGGAGGUGUUACUACGCGCACGAGCAAUCGAGAGCCAGUGCUUCGUCUUGGCAGCAGCCCAGGUCGGCCAACACCACGAGAAGCGCUCGUCUUAUGGUCACAGCCUGGCAGUGGACCCUUGGGGUGAAGUGCUGGCUGACUGUGGAGGGGACAGCCCUGGGGUGGUGAUAGUGGAAGUCGACUUGGAUAAAGUGAAGAGAACCAGGAAGAACAUGCCUGUCCAACAGCACCGCAGGGACACUGCAUUCUACCACAGUCUGGAUCAAACUUCCACAUGAUUUUAAAUCUCAAAUGAGUAGUUUUAUAAAUUGAAACCACAGAAGUAGUUUUAUUUUGUCUCUAUUAUUUUGAAUCGAUUCCUUGCUAAAAUGCAAGUUGCAUUGAUGUACUUUGUUGGCAACAUGCAAGAAUGAAACACACUAAGACCUAGGAUGGAUCACUUUCCCCAUGAUUUGGUUCAAACUUCAGUUUUUAUGUUUUGUUGUAGUUCAAUAUAUGAUUUGUGCUUUACAAGACGACAACAAAAAACCAAAACAUUUAGGAAAAUCCUUUUUUAUUUGCUAUGAAGCAAGGAAUAAUGAAGACAAACGUUACAGUCAUCUUUUAUUAAGCUUAGUGCAAUGUAAUAAAGCAAUACAUAAUAAAUCCCUCUUAAAUUUAA